AUGCUGUCUGUAGAUUUCUCCUUCCUAGCUUUCUGUACCCUAACCCAUCCCACCAAAGCCCUGGACCAGACCUUGACAGCUGUGUCAGCCUGUUAUGAUGCUCUCUCCUACAUCCUGGCUGCUGGAAUCCUCAAUACUAAAGUGAAAUAUUCAAGGCUCUCCAGCACAGAUAAUGGCUACAUUGACCUUCAGUUUAAGAAAAGCCCUCCUGGGAUCCCAUAUAAGGUCAUUAUGCUUGCUACAGCCCUGGUUUGGAUUGGUGCCUUUCUCAUUGCCAUAGGCUCCCUUCUGCUGGUGGGCUAUAUCAGCGAAAGUGGGGAGUGGGGGGAGGGAAAACAGGCUUGUCCAGUCCUGAUCCUUGGCACCCUGGUGCUCCUGCCAGAAUUUUACCACCUGCGCAUGGCCUACUAUGCAUCCAAAGGCUACCAGUGUUACUCCUACAAUGACAUUCCGGAUUUUGAUGAGUAG